CCUGCGAUCGAUUUUUUUUUUCUCUCUCACGUAUUGUGCCAAGCAUGGAGGACGACGAACUUCAAGCAAUCCGAGCUAGACGAUUGGCCGAACUCCAGGGAAGAGGUGGCUCACAGGGCGGUUUUGGAUCGCCAUCGCCUUCUAUGGGAAGUCCCUCCAGUGGUGGAGGUGGCAAAGAUGAUGAGGACAAGAAAAGUCAGAUGGAAGAAGCCAGACGAACAAUGCUCUAUCAAAUCCUCGAUAACAAUGCUCGUGAGCGCUUGGCCCGUAUUCAUAUGGUGAAGGCUGAUAAAGCUCGCGCCGUCGAGGAUUUAUUGAUCCGCAUGGCUCAAUCGAACCAGUUGCGAAGCAAGGUUACAGAGCAGAUGCUGAUCGAUUUGCUCGGCCAACUCAACCAGCAGGACCAAGGCACCUCCAAGAUUGUGUAUAAUCGCCGUCGAUUUGAUGAUGAAUCGGAUGACGAGUAUGACUUGUAAAGAGUGAUGGUGGAUCGGGAUAUUGGAUAAUAAACAUACAGUUUAAUCAAAAAAUUUUGAGUGCGAAGGGUU